AUGCAUGAAGGGAAAAGAAAGCACUUUUGCCGACCCUCAGCUAACACUCGAGACAUACACCACAAGUCCACAGCCACUCAAGAUGACCCCAUUGGGACUGGUCUGGACAAUGGUGUGUUUGAUGACAACAGCCAAGUGAAACAGUUCAGCUGUCACGAACGUCAUCAGGGAAAUGACCGGACCAAGGUGCAGCGUGUGUCCCGCCAGACACUUUCAGAGUCCGACUUCGUCCGCUACCCCAGGAUCAACGACACAGAGGUCCUCACCUGUGAGUGUUCCAGCCGCUCCUGCCAGACGGUCUUCUGGUUCCGCACUCUCCACAACAACCUUGACAUCCAGUUCCUUCUCAGCCUCAACAAUGCUGGCCGGACCAACCACGAAGCCAGUGUGGACAAACACCGGUUCCAGGCCAGUAAGCGGGAUGGGGGAAGCAAGAUGACUUUCACACUGCACAUCAUCAACAUAAGUUCAGAGGACGCAGGGCUGUACACCUGUAUGCUCCAGAACCAAAAAGAGAACGAGCUGUGGAGGCCAGGAGUUCUUCUCAGACCUGGAGCCGUUACAGCAUCCCAAACAGCAUCCCGAACGGCCGCUGCACCAAAAGCAACUAUCAACCCCCAAAAGGCUGUGGCUCCAAGGUCCUCUGGCCAUUGGUUGGAGUGCUGCUGGCCCUGGCUGUGGCUCCAAGGUUCUAUGACCGUUGGUUGGAGUGCUGCUGGACCUGGCUGUGGCUCCAAGGUUCUCUGGCCGUUGGUUGGAGUGCUGCUGGACCUGGCUGUGGCUCCAAGGUUCUCUGGCCGUUGGUUGGAGUGCUGCUGGACCUGGCUGUGGCUCCAAGGUUCUCUGGCCGUAGGUUGGAGUGCUGCUGGACCUGGCUGUGGCUCCAAGGUUCUCUGGCCGUUGGUUGGAGUGCUGCUGGACCUGGCUGUGGCUCCAAGGUUCUCUGGCCGUUGGUUGGAGUGCUGCUGGACCUGGCUGUGGCUCCAAGGUUCUCUGGCCCUGUGGCUCCAAGGUUCUAUGACCGUUGGUUGGAGUGCUGCUGGCCCUGGCUGUGUCUCCAAGGUUCUCUGGCCGUUGGUUGGAGUGCUGCUGGUCCUGGCUGUGUCUCCAAGGUUCUCUGGCCGUUGGUUGGAGUGCUGCUGGACCUGGCUGUGGCUCCAAGGUUCUCUGGCCGUUGGUUGGAGUGCUGCUGGACCUGGCUGUGGCUCCAAGUUUCUCUGGCCGUUGGUUGGAGUGCUGCUGGACCUGGCUGUGGCUUUGAUCUCCACACUGUACUACUUCAGCCGUGAGUCUCUUCUCUCCUUCCUUACCUGCCGAUAAAGUAAUAUAGAAUAACCAACAAGGAAUUAGCUCCAGUGCUGUUUGUAAUUAGCAUAGUCAAUUAUCAAAGAUGCUGGUCAUACAGGGCCAAAGACAUUCUUGAGAUGCGGAUGCUUAACUUGGACUUUUUUAUAAAAUGUGCAUUGUUGUCAAAGGAAUAUUGUUGUGAAAAUUUGAGUUACAAGUAUGGAUAACAAAUUAGGAACCCAGGCUCAGAGGCCUUAACAGACACAAACAACAUUUCACAUGUUUGACAAAGCAAAAGCAAUAAAGUUCACUUGGGCGUAAACAACAAUAUCCAAAUGUAUGCAUUCUGUAUGGGAUAUCGAUAUACAUGGAGGCAGUAAUGU